AUGACGAUGAUAGAUUACGUGCAAACAUUAUCCGAUAAUCCGUAUUUCGGAGCUGGUUUUGGACUGUUUGGGUUAGGUGCUGGGGCAGCUUUGUUACGAAAAGGGAUGCAAGCAGGAAUGAUACUAUUCAGACGACAUUAUAUGAUCACCUUAGAGGUUCCGUGCCGUGAUAAAAGCUACCAAUGGCUGUUGCAAUGGAUUACAUAUAAAGGUGCAAGGAAAACGCAACAUCUGUCUGUUGAAACAAGUUUCGAGCAAAGAGAAACAGGUCACAUAAAAACUAGAUAUGAUUUCAUACCGAGUAUUGGAACACAUUUUAUUAGAUACGAAGGAAAUUGGAUAAGGGUAGAACGAACUAGAGAGCAACAAACAUUGGACAUACAGAUGGGUAUACCAUGGGAAACGGUACAGCUUACAGCCUUUGGAAGAAAUAGAAAUAUCUAUUUUAAUAUUUUGGAAGAGGCCAGGCAAAUGGCAUUGAAGGAAUUCGAAGGCAAAACGAUAAUGUAUACUGCAAUGGGAAGUGAAUGGAGACAAUUUGGACAUCCCAGAAAACGAAGGCCUCUGAAUUCGGUAGUUUUAGACUCUGGAGUUGCAGAAAGGAUAAUAAACGAUUGUCGUGAAUUUAUGACAAAUCCUUCGUGGUAUAGCGAUCGUGGAAUUCCGUAUCGGCGAGGAUACUUGUUAUAUGGCCCGCCGGGUUGCGGUAAAUCAUCGUUCAUCACUGCCUUAGCUGGUGAAUUAGAACUAGGCAUAUGCGUUUUAAAUUUAUCAGAACGAGGUUUAACGGACGACAGACUGAAUCACUUAUUAGCGGUAGCACCGCAACAAACUAUUAUUCUAUUGGAAGACAUUGAUGCUGCCUUUGCUAGCCGAGAAGAAAGCAAAGAAAUUAAAGCUGCGUACGAUGGUUUAAAUAGAGUUACAUUUAGUGGUUUAUUAAACUGUUUGGAUGGCGUUGCUUCGACAGAAGCACGAAUUUUGUUCAUGACAACCAAUUAUUUAGAAAGAUUAGACCCUGCGUUAGUUAGGCCUGGUAGAGUAGAUGUAAAAGAGUAUAUAGGCUGGUGUAGUGCAAAACAAGUGGAACAAAUGUUUCUAAGAUUCUAUAGAAAUAUCGAUGACAGAGCAAACGAACUUGCUAAACAGUUCACAGAAUCCGUAAUAUCGCAAAAGAAACAGGUUAGUCCAGCGCAAAUUCAAGGGUUCUUUAUGUUUUAUAAAAACAGUCCUGAUGAUAUGUUAAAAAAUGUAUCACAUAUAUGGGAACUGACAAACUCCAAAUGUAUGGUUCAUAAUUUAAAGGAUCUGGUUGUUCCAUAUGUCCUGCAUGACUGUUACUCCCAAUCAUACACGAUGGAUAGGCAACUCCGGUGGACCUUACUUGUUCCAGGAUUGUGGAAUGAUAAAGUGGUGGUUUGUUCCGAUAUUACGUUUGCUGGUGGUGAAACCAUCUUUACCGAAGCCGACUCGCUAAUUGAGAAUGUAAGUGAUCACGAUGCUGCUGCUGUUGCUGUUGCUGCUGCUGCUGUUGAAUUUCUGCUUGAAGUUGUCCUUGUUGUUGUUGAUCAAGAUUAUGAGUCUGAUCUGCGAUUGUUUGUGGUAUUUGUUGCAUAUGAUGUUGUUCUUGUUGCGCGUGCAACUCUUGAAGCUGUUGAGAGGAAACUACUUGUUCGUGAGAUAUUGAAUUUGGUUGACCCUAAGGUUUAG